AUUUAUCUCUGUACCUCUGUCGCUUACAGAAAGAGGGAAUUGGCUAAUAUGUAAACGAUCUUUUCUACGUUAUUGCAGUAUGGUUAAUUUGAAUAAAGCAGCCAUUGUAGCCUCGAGUGUCCUGGCCUCAACAUGCAUCACCCUCAUUAUCCUAGUGGUAUACCUUCUCUGGAACAACAGACGAAAAACCCCACCCUACCCCGCCCAGGAUGCUAUCAGAUAUCAGGAUUUCCCGCCUUUGAAUGCAAGCCAUCAAUCUGUACAACCACCAGCAAUACCUCCUCUGAAAUAUGGCUCAUCGUUGAAACACAAGGAAGAGCUUGAAGAUAAUUUAGAUCCUGAUCAAUAUGGCGUUGAUAUGGAUGCGUUUUACCGUAAUAAAUAUCAAUUUGACCCGACUUCAUCACCAAAUCAAUACUCAAAAUCAUCGGACAGUUUAGAGUCCAUAAUAGAAGAUGAUGACGCUAAGAUCGAAAUGAAAGGCUAUCAUUAUCGCCCACUGUCUAACGCAGUUUCGUUAGAUAAUAUAAACACUCCAUGCAUGUCUCCACGAAUUCGUAGAAUCAAGAAAGAGCAUGCUUCGUAUAAACACUCCAGUCAAGGUAAAGAUCUUUCGCGGUCACUCUUCCGAGGUAUUUCCGAACGUCAUCUGAAACACAGCAGCCCAGAUUCGUCGUCUUUGGAUAGUCUUAGGAAUUUGGGCGAUCAGAGUGAUGAGAAAAGUCAGCCACUUGCGAGCGACUCAGAGCAGACGAGUGAGCGACCGACGCAUGGAGAGAUGUUAGUCGCUUUAUGUCACAAUCCUUCAGAAGGAAAGUUAACAGUCACAGUGAAAAGUGCCGAAGGACUUAAAAGAGUUUCAGAGAAAAGUAAAAUCAAUCCUUUUGUACAGAUACGAGUGUACGACAGCGGUGAACGCAAAUACAGGAAAAAAACGACAGUCAAACAGAACACAACUUCCCCAGAAUUCGAAGAAUCAUUUGACUUUAUUGUAACUGGAAAAAGAAUGCCUCAAACAAGCGUCAUCUUGAGUCUGUCUCAUCACAGAAAGCGAUUAAUAAACAAGGACGAUCUGAUUGGGGUGGUAUUUUUGGGCUAUCAAUUUGAAUUAGAUAACGGACAUCCGUUUAAAUUGGACUAUGGUGCAAGACACUGGGCCAGUGUCAUAGAAAAACCACAUUUAACCAUCGAGAAAUGGCAUCCAAUACAAGCCAUUACCAAUAAAGGAAGCUAAAUGUCUACUGCUUUUCUAUGAUUUCAACAGGGACGGAGCAAAGACUAUCCUAAGUAAUAAAACGCCAGCUCACACUAGACGCUUUCUCAAUUUUAUAGGUGAUUCUAGCAAUUAUAUUUUUAGACACGAAGUGUUUAAUU